AACGGUGGAGGGGAGGGCGAACUAGUGAGCGGAGAUAUAAGAGUUCGGGUUGUUGGCUGGGGCAGUUGUCGAGAGGUAGGCUAUUGCAAUUGUGUUACCAACCGAAAAAACGAUUAAAUCCGCCGUCGCAGCUGCAGAAACAACGGUAGCAUGGUAGCUUUGGACUGGGGUUUCCAAGACGAGCGCCGAUAUCUACACGUUACUGUAAUUUUAACACCGAAUUACUUAUCCCCCUGAUCGAGUCGGGUAAACCACCGUCCGAGAUGGGGAAGGAGGUUAAUGGUGUUUCGCGGAGCCGGUUUGAGAUGUUCUCAAACAGCGACGAGGCCGUCAUCAAUAAGAAGCUGCCCAAGGAGCUGUUGCUACGAAUCUUCUCCUUUCUGGAUGUGGUGACACUCUGUCGCUGUGCCCAGGUCUCACGGUCGUGGAAUGUGCUCGCCCUGGACGGCAGUAAUUGGCAGAGGAUUGACCUUUUCGACUUUCAGAGAGAUAUUGAGGGGCGAGUGGUGGAGAACAUUUCGAAACGAUGUGGGGGAUUCCUGAGGAAGUUGAGUCUGCGGGGCUGUCUGGGGGUGGGGGACAGCGCUCUGAGAACCUUCUCCCAGAACUGCAGGAAUAUCGAGCUGCUUAGUUUGAAUGGCUGCACCAAGAUUACUGACAGCACAUGUAAUAGCCUCAGUAAGUUCUGUCCCAAGCUCAAGCAUUUGGACCUCGCGUCCUGUACCUCAAUCACCAACCUGUCACUCAAAGCACUUAGCGAGGGCUGUCCUCUGUUAGAGCAGCUCAACAUCUCGUGGUGUGACCAGGUGACUAAGGAUGGCAUCCAGGCCUUGGUACGAUGCUGUCCCGGACUCAAAGGCCUUUUCCUCAAGGGCUGCACACAGUUGGAGGAUGAAGCACUGAAGCACAUUGGUGCACACUGUCCAGAGCUGGUCACUCUCAACUUACAGACGUGUUCGCAGAUCACAGACGAAGGUCUCAUUACCAUAUGCCGGGGCUGUCACCAUCUGCAGUCGCUGUGUGUCUCAGGUUGUGCCAACAUCACAGACGCCAUCCUCCACGCCUUGGGACUGAACUGCCCGCGUCUCAGAAUAUUAGAGGUGGCUCGCUGCUCUCAGCUCACAGAUGUGGGCUUCACUACACUGGCAAGGAAUUGUCAUGAGCUGGAAAAGAUGGACCUGGAAGAGUGUGUGCAGAUCACAGAUGGCACACUCAUCCAGUUGUCCAUCCACUGCCCUCGUCUGCAAGUUCUGAGCCUGUCUCACUGUGAACUGAUUACUGAUGAUGGCAUCAGACAUCUGGGCAGCGGGCCCUGUGCCCAUGACCGGCUGGAGGUGAUCGAGCUGGACAACUGCCCCCUGAUCACGGACGCCUCGCUGGAGCACCUGAAGACCUGCCACAGCCUGGACCGCAUCGAGCUCUACGACUGCCAGCAGAUCACCCGCGCAGGCAUUAAGAGACUAAGGACCCAUCUACCUAACAUCAAAGUGCACGCGUAUUUCGCCCCAGUCACCCCACCCCCCUCAGUCGGGGGGAGUCGCCAGAGAUUCUGUCGUUGCUGUAUCCUGCUAUGAUGUGAAGACUGCGCCCCCACCCCACCCUCAGCCCACAAAUCUGCCCUUCCACCCAACCUGGCUCGGCCUGGUCCGAUCCAGCCUCCAGGUAUACAUGCUGGUGUGUCCCCCCCGAUUGGAGCCGCAGAGAGAGGGAGAGAGCCCAACCACCACAGGGUCUGGGAAGAUCCUUCCCUACGACGUUCCCAAACCCACUCACAACAGCCUUUGUCAAACACACAAAUAAACACACACCCACACAUCACCACGGAUGAGCGUCAGUACAUUCCCUGCUGUCCUCAGGCCCAUGUGCUAAAGACCACCCAGCAUUACAGGGAGGAUUACAUAAUAGAACCACUGCUGUUUACAGAUUAGGCUCCUGAUACACUGUAUGGACUACAUGAAACUAGGGCUCACUGGCUACAAGGUUCCCUAUGGACUAGUAUGACCUUUUACUGAAGGAUCAGGUAGAUAGGUUUGGAUCAGAAACUCCCAUCCAAUGUGUGUCUGGGUGUUGGGAGGAUAACCAGAAACAUGGCUAGAGCUAUGAGGAUAUUGGUUUGGUAGGAAUGCCCUCAGAAUCUUUCAACGACUUACAAGCUACCUCUAGACAUAACUGCUCUUUGUUAUCCUUUGGUUCCAGGCUGCCCACUCCAAACAUAUAGCUAGGACAGUUUUUUAUUUAUUACAAAAGACCGGUUUCCAUUGGCACUUUGAAGUCAACCCAGGUUGGACUGGCCUUGGUGGGCAAGCUGAAAUUGCGUUUCCGCUGCCUCCAAAUAAGAAUAAAUGAUGUCAUGUUGCUAGGUAGUCAAUAUGUGACUGCAGCUGGCUUCGCUAAUGUUGCUAACUGGCAAGAUGUUGACGAAGUUAAAGCAUUGUGAGGGUGAAUUUAAAUAACCCAUACUCCUGUCAGUGUUAGCCAUACUCGGAGCCAUGUAUUUAGCUUGCUAACUAGCCAAACGGUUAGCGUCGCCAUUCGCAAUUGGCUAGUUGGCUAACCAAGCAAACCAGGCAACCGGUUUAACAUGAUGCGACUACGACCUGGCCAGCUACAAUUCCUGCUAGCUGCCUUUAGCUAGCUACAGUAGCUUGUUUUAACUCUGAAAUGCUUGCUAAUAAUGGUAGCUAUCAUUUUAGGGCUGACUGUUGUCAUAAAGGUUUGUGUAGUGCAAAGAUAUAUGGAUCCAGUGGUGGUGGUAAUUCAUGUCAUGUCUAACUACUGCAUUACUGCUUGUCCAUGUGCUAGCUGUCAGCUCGCACACCCAGUUGAGCUAGCUAAACGUUGGCAGCACCCAGCAGUGAUUUUUUAAAAAUUUAAUUUAAAAUAUAUUUUUAACUGCGUUACCAGCCCGACCAGUUGUGAAACUGGGCUGCGCUGGUUCAAAUUUGGGAAUUCCAUUCGAAACCGCUCUAAUUUGGCCUUAAUUUUAAGUGCUAGUGGAAAAGGGUGUCUUUCUUGUGUCUUCUACAGCCAUUAAACUGCCCCCCCCCCCCACACACACACACUCACAAACAUAGUGUAUAGAUGCAGUAGGGGGUAGUUCUUAUCUAGACUCAAAGUAGCUGCAAAGUAGCUGCAGCUUAAUGCAGGCCUGCUAGGGGAUAUGCUGAGUUUAUCCAGCAAAAUGAUGACAGAGUCACUGACUCACCUAAUAGUUUACUGCCACAUGACUACACACACUUGAACAUGCGCGCACACACACACACACACACACACACACACACACACACACACACACACACACACACACACACACACACACACACAACUCAAUACCCUUUUCCCCUUCCCCUUUCUCUGUUACAAUCAGAAGCUUCAUUGUACAAAAAAAGAAGAGAAUGGUGAAUAUUUUUCUAAAAAGGACACCAAUUGAGACUUACACGUGGGGACUUGAGAAGAUGCCAAAUGUUGCAUGUAACAAUUCUAGUUUUUUAAAUGUAAUAUAUGUAAGUACUGUGGAAAUCCAGCCCCGCAGCCAUCUGAACCACACUACAGACCAUGGUGUGAAGGAGAGAUUUACAUCAAUGGGUCUCGCACUAUGAACUAUGUUAAGCCAAACGCGUACUGUGUGUGUGUGUGUGUGUGUGUGUGUGUGUGUGUGUGUGUGUGUGUGUGUGUGUGUGUGUGUGUGUGUGUGUGUGUGUGUGUGUGUGUGUGUGUGUGUGUGUGUGUGAGAAUGUUCCGGGGCUAUGGGGAGUAGUUUGGAGACAUCAUAAACCAGGCCCCUGCAAGCUAGACUUAACAACAGCAAAAUAUAGAAUACAGACACAAACUCGUAAAAUAAAAAAGAUUGACGUCACUGCGAGUUUGUGAUGCCAGACAGACCAGGAGAACGGAAAGAAAAAGCCAACCGAAAACAAAGUAUCUGUAUUUUUAUUUUUUUGCUUUUAGUCUUUUUUUUCCCUUGUUGAUGAACAUUCUUGAUGAAUGCGAGCUGGCGAACCACACAUGGGUAGGAGGAGAUGCCCAGUGCUGCUCGCGGGGCACUGGGAUCUGGUCAGUGACAGUGAUGCCCCUUCAACUCCCAUAAGGCCUUGCAGGGGAGAGGGUGCCAUUGGAGUUGACCCUGCCACCAGCGCAACGCCCCCUCUUUCUGCCUGGAACCAGUGACAUGAGAGGAGGAGGGGCAGCUGGGAUUGGAUAGGAACAAGGAAGUUGUUUAGAAUCUUGACCUGGAGUGAGCUGAGCACACAACACUGGCCUGCUGACAGAUGUUGGAGUGCAGGGGUAUGUGUCCCAAAACGCCACGACUACCACCUUAUGAAAAGACUUUGACCCCUGUUCAUGAGUAUCAAAGCCUUUCAUCUGGAUCCUUCCUCCUCUCCCACACUUUAACCUUCUCUGUUUUCUGUCUCUCCUCUUCGAUUCUCUCUGUUCUGUUUUUCUUUUUGUAGUUGUCUUUGUUUUAGCCUUUUUCUGUUCAAGUUGGUGACUUCUACAUCUCGUUCUCACCCCUCGCCGCUCUCUUUUCUGUUUGGUGUGUUUGGGGUAGGGGCUGUUUGGUGUGUUUUGGGUAGGGGCUGUUUUUUUGUUUUUUUUUGCAUUCAGUCAUGAGUUCAGUGUUUUCCCAAGUUCGAGCCCUCUUGCAGUCCUUGGUUUUUUGUCUUAUGCGGUUUGUGUUCUAUUACGAGUUCUUGUUACCUAAUGUCCAGAGUGUAGCCUUUGUACAGGGGGAAGGGUUGGACACAGUGCAAUUUGUAAAAUAAGUUAAUGAUGAGUCGAUGAGGAUGAACCGGUGUCCAUUGUAUGUAUAAUGGAUGUUAUACAAUGUAUUGAAUGUGUUGCCAUGAAGGCGUUGUCUGGGAACGUGGGGGGUUGGGUGGGGGUGUGGGGGGGUUAGGGCCUAGGUUGUGUGCUGAUGUAGCAGAAACAGAUUCCUCUCCUGAUGUGCUUUCCCUUUACUUGUUAUGUCUUGCUUUGGGGAUCCCCUAACACCAUGAUGCAGCCCAGCCCACUGUAGAAACAAAACAGAGUUGGUACGCCCAAUAUAAAUGUUUUAAUGUUCCCUGAAAAUGCAUAUUUCCUUCUAAGAUUCAAACAAACCAACAGGCAAAACAUUUAAUGAUGAUUAUUUUCUAUUUUGUGAUUUGUCAGCCAGGGGUAGACGUGGGAGGGGAUAAUGCAAACUGAGAUGAAUCUAGUCUGAUCUGUUUUGUUGAAUAUGGGUUUAUGGGGGAUUAGAGAACAUCCAGGAGCCAAGAUGGCAGAGAUGCAUAAUGUACUCUCGUACUACUCACCCUCUGGCUACGUGCAACUGUGCUUCCACUGCUCCGUACGGUCUGAAGUUACUGGAAGGAAAGUCAUGGUGAAGCCUGGAUCCAUAACACCUGUUUGCCCUCUUCACACAUAGUUGCUGAGUCACAGGCACCACUUCUACUCGCUUAGUCAUACACAGACACACUGAGACACACACGGUACGCACUGACCAUUUGCACUGCCAUGAUCCUCUCUGAAUCAUAACUCAGUUGAGAGCGAAGGUAUGCAGAGUAGACAUGCAAGCCUACACAUACACACUAUUGACAGCACAGACAACAGGCAAACUCAGACUCGAGCGUACCUUUUAGAAUGUAUUCAGUAUACAAACACAUGAGAACAUGUCCAUACCGGGUUCUCAUAAACUACACAAACUACCCUGUAGAAUGUCAAGACGAAACGCAUGCAAAACAAUUAUACUGCUUCAUUCCACUUUUUUUCCCCCAGCAGUUUACAUGAAAGAUGACAGAUUACUGAAUUCUGGAUCGGUCCACUCAGACCUUAUGACUAGGCUGUGUGUUGGAGGGGGUAGGGGAGGAUGGAUGGCUGCGUGAACAAGAUGGUGGAUCUGAAGUGUGUCCUUGGUAGUUUGACACCUGGGGAUUACUUUACUUUUUUACUUUUUUUAAAUUUACUUUACAAAAUGACUGUAGUUCAUAUAAAUUAAUGUCAAUCUUUUUUUUUUGUCUUUUUUUUUUUACAAUUAACUGAUUAUAAAUAAAUAUGUAUGUAUGAAUAAAUAUAUAACUAUAUAUUA